AUGGCAAAGCAUUGCCCACCCCGAAAAGGUGAAAAUAAUGGGGACAACUGCAACAUUGAGAUAAUAUUAGAAUGUUUUCCAAGUGUUGAAGGAACUACUUUAUCUAAUGAAGCAUUCAACGAAUCUAGCGAGGCAACUGAAACAAACAUUGGUUGUCAAGUAAAUACUCCACCGCCGGAAAGCGCUGAGUCAACUAAUGUUCCACAAACAAAUUUCACAAAUCAACGUCCUUGCCGAGCUAUUCUAAUAUUAGAACUUAUAAGAAUUAAAAUUUUGCGUUUGAAUAUUAAACAACAGGUAUUAUUUGAUGUUUGCAUAAACGAGAUUGAGGCGAUUCUUUUGGAUGUUAAAUUAAGUAUAGAAGUUAAAGUGAUAAAGAUUGCUUUCAAACUAAAGCUAUUCUUCUUAAAUAACCCUGACAUUGAACUUUUAAUUUGUUUGGAAGAAAUUAAAGGAUUUGGACGAGUUUUUGAAUUUAUUUUUGCUGGAUUAGAAUUUAAUGCCGCAAAUUUAGAAGCAGCAAUAAAGUCAUUAGAUAAUGAAGGAAAAUCGCAAUUAAGUAUUGCCUUAGAAAGUGCAAUAUCCUUUAGUAAAUGUAAUUCGAAAGAAAUAUUGCAACUACAACUUUUGAUUAAAUUCUUCAAAAGAAUAUGUUUUAAGUUGGAUGAUGACUGGAAAAUUGAACGUAAACAUGCCUAUAUAGCAAUUGUUCUUAAAAGCUUUUUAUCUAAUAAUGCAUCUUCUUGCUUGGCAAAGGAAAUAUUUAAUGCACAGAUAGAAGGAUUUGGAACGAUACAAGAAUACCUGACAUUCUGUGAUUUAUAUGUCAUACUUUCUAAAAUUGGCCCUAUUGUGCUAAAUGGAAAUGUAAAUGUCAAUAUUCUGAUUAAAUCACUCAACCUUGCAAUUAAUUCUAAAAUAUCUGUAAAUGCCUCAAUAUUAAUUGAAGCAAAAAAUUUUGUAAAUGUCUUAAUCAACUUCUUCAAGAGUGAAAUAGAUGUUUUUCUGCGUUUUAAAUUUGUGUCGGCGCAGUUCGAAUUAUUGAGCAAACCUUGCCACGAUUUGCUUUAUAAGGUUUUGAUUGUGGAUAUCGACACAACAGUUUUCUUUUAUCAAGUGAUUGCCUUGUCAGACUUUUGCAUAGACAGCAAUAUUACUAUUUCUACCCAAACCGUUUCUGAAGAUUUUGCCGAAUGUUGUAAAAUCGACCAUCACAACAACACAGAUUUACUUAUAGCCCUCGAUGUUGAUUUGCCUCCUUUACUUAAUGCAGUCGAGAAAUUAUCAUUUAAAUCAUUCAGAAAUUCAAUCUUCAAUUGCAUACACAAAUUAAAUCCUCAUAACCACAAAGCUGCCCAUCAAUGCUGCAUUCCUUUUAUUAAAAAUAAUUUGUUAAAUAAAUUGCUUCCAAAAGAAUUAUUUUCCAAAAUAAUACUUUGGCCCGUGUUUGUUCAAAUAAAUACAGUUAUUGAAUUUGGGAAUCUGUCAGGAUUUUGUGGAUGUUAA